GUCACCAGAGGUUUGAGCAUCACCAGCCCUGACCACAUGGUUGAAAAGGCCAAAGGGGAAACUGCCUACUUGCCGUGCAAAUUUACCCAAGGUCCGGAAGACCAGGGACCCCUGGACAUUGAGUGGCUGCUGUCCCCAGAUGAUAACCAGAAGGUAGACCAAGUGAUUAUUUUAUAUUCUGGAGACAAAAUUUAUGAUGACUACUAUCCGGAUCUAAAAGGAAGAGUACAUUUUACAAGUAGUGACCUCAGAUCUGGCGAUGCGUCCAUAAAUGUAACCAAUUUACAAUUGUCAGAUAUUGGCACAUAUCAGUGCAAAGUGAAAAAAGCCCCUGGUGUUGGAAAUAAGAAGAUUCAGCUGAAAGUUCUUGUUAAACCUUCAGGUACAAGAUGUUACGUUGAUGGAUCAGAAGAAAUUGGAAAUGACUUUAAACUAAAAUGUGAACCAAAAGAAGGUUCACCUCCAUUACAAUAUGAAUGGCAAAAGUUGUCCAACUCACAGAAAAUGCCCGCAGCACUGAUAACAGAAAUGACGUCACCUGUUAUAUCUAUAAAAAAUGCCACUACUGAGUACUCCGGGAUGUACAAGUGUACAGUCAGCAACAGAGUGGGGUCUGACCAGUGUCUGCUGCGCCUGGACGUCGUUCCCCCUUCCAACAGAGCUGGAACAAUUGCAGGAGCUAUUAUAGGAACUUUGCUUGCGCUGGUCCUCAUCUGUGUGAUCGUCUUCUGCUGUCAUAAAAAGCGCAGAGAGCAAAAAUAUGAAAAGGAAGUUCACCAUGAUAUCAGGGAAGAUGUGCCUCCCCCAAAGAGCCGGACGUCCACUGCCAGAAGCUACAUGGGCAGCAACCACUCUUCCCUGGGGUCCAUGUCUCCUUCCAACAUGGAAGGCUAUUCCAAGACUCAGUAUAACCAAGUACCAAGCGAAGAUUUUGAGCGCGCGCCUCAGAGUCCGACCCUGCCGCCCGCUAAGGUAGCUGCCCCUAACCUCAGUAGGAUGGGCGCGGUGCCCGUGAUGAUUCCUGCACAGAGCAAGGACGGGUCUAUAGUGUAGGGGCCUCCGUGCCUUUCAUCUCUGUGCUCCACGCUUCUCUACUUUUGAAAUACGAAAACCUAUCCUGUUCUAAAUAUUUGCUACCAGCCUCAAUAGAUCAAAAAGAAGUGAAUCAGAAACUGUAAGAAAUAUACUUCAGAAAGUUUUGUUUGGUUAUAUCAAAAUAGUAAAGGCAUGAAAGUUACUAGAGACAAAUUCGCCAUCUGAAAAAGAUUUCCUUUAAGAGGUAGAUUUUUAUAAGUUUCUAAAUAUCAAUAUUUAGUAAGAUGUAGCACUUUGGAUAUGAAAUCAUAGGGGAAGAUAUUGGUGAACUUACAUGCACACCAAAUUGAUACUUGAAUCCUCUGAAAGUAGUAUUUUGUCAUUUCUGCCAUUAUUUUUAGAAUGCCUUUCUCAAUUAAUUUAUGACCCCAAAUUGGUAAAGAAGUAUUGACAGCAAAAAUUCUUACAUACCUUUAUGUUUGUUCUUGGAAAACUCUAAGUGUGGUUGGAAUAGCUCUAAUAACAUAAAAACAUUACCGUGUUCUAGAAAUUAGCAAUUCUACAUUCAAGUCAUUCAUAAGCCUUGCCUGUGAAAUUGUUUCUUAAGUAUUUGAUUGAUAGGCUGCUAUAGUCAACAGAGACCUAGUUAGCUCUUUUAUAUGCUAAAAUAAAGGAGCGUCUGUGGGUUUAUUUAGGAAGUUUGCUGUCACUGCAUAGAGCAGUAACAGUAGCGAGGGUGGAUCUCAGUGAUGAGUAAUCUGAUCCCUGGAGGCCUGUGGUGACCUUCGGAACGGUGACCGGCCAGAGCAAGGAUGGAGACUUGCAGGUCCCAACUAAAUACUGGCUGUCCGCAGUAGGUGAUAUUUUUCUAAUAGGAAAAAAUUAUGACUCAUUUAUUAUUUGACAGAUACUGACUGAAAUUCCCUAAUUAUUGGUCCCAAAUUUUAAAAACUUUUUCCCGGUUCAGCAUUUUGUUGUUUUUGGAUGGUGUUGCAUGUUAUAUGUUCUAGACACAUGUAAUAAUCCUGAGUCUACCCUCCCGAGUGCAGUUCCUGAAGAGGUUUCCUCAUAGGCUCAGAACGGCGAGACAUUUUAAGCCAGCGCGCGUCGCCCGCCGCCCUGUCCCCCAGACCCGAGGGGAUGCGCGGUCGCUGUUGCACUGCCAGCACGUCUCUGUGCAGUUGCAGAAAACCAAGCUGAGCUCUGCAAAAAGUUUAAGUCCUAGUUUAGUGAAAGUGAUUUAUUCUUUAAAAGAAGGGGGGCGGGGGAAGGAAAGGAAAAGGAGUAGAAGGAAUACUCCCAACUGCCAAAUGUGUUAAAUACUGUUUUAGUAGAAGAAAGUGAAUUUAUUGUAUUUCCCUUAAGAUUGUGAGGGAGUGUGGAUAUAUGGUAGGAUGAGCCAACAGUUUCUUUAGGGUAAAUAAAGUCUGCAAUAAAUUAUUUCACGAGCUCUAAAACCUGUUCCCGAGAUUUCGUAGGGAGUUGGUUUCUGUUCAUCUCUUUGGGUGCUGUGGUGGUUCAUGCCACAUUAUAAGUUAAUGUUGGCAUGAAUUUAUAAUUAGUUAAAGUAUUGUGUACACUUUUUAAUGGUAAAUCUAAGCUGAAUGUCUGUGUGAUGGACUAGUCUAUAGUUUUACAUGUUCAGAAGCAUUUUUUAAAUAGGUUUUUAACCUUUCAUAAUACUACUUUUGUACUUGUGUUAACAGUUUCAUUUGUGCCUUUUGGGUAAUUUAAUUUUUGUUAUGACUCUCUGGUGCCUAUGAGCUAGCUAUCACCUGGAAGGUGCUUAGAGGUGAAGGUACUGUUCCUAAGCGCGUCACUGUGACACCUGUCUGUCUUCCUCACCCUGCCUCCUCUUCUCUAUUCUUUUUGGAUGCAAGUUAACAGACAGUGUCAUUCAUAAAGACUUUAAAACUUCAACACCCUCAACACUCUUUGACUGUGUCUCUGAUUUUAUAAUAGUAACUAUUUUUGAACUCCAGAUGUCUGGUCUGUUUUAUAUGAAUACAUUUAUUUAUACAACGGUAUAAGAAAUAACAGCAAAAACUUUUAAAGAAACAACUUUUGGUCCUUUCUGUUAGUUUUCAUGUAAUGAAGAUUACGUGGUCAAUUCAAGUAGAAAUUACUACCAAAAAUGGACACAUGUAAGGCUUUCCUUUCUACCCGGCCUAGGCUGAGCUAUAAGCAAGUCAGAACCUCUUCCAGAAGUGCUUUUAGCUCAGGUCCGAACCACCUGUAUCCUGGGAAAGGAGCUGGUAAAAAGUCAGUCGUGUGACCUGAAGAGACCUGUUGGGCUUGAUGACAGUUGAAGGACGGAAUUCUGUGCUAGGCUCGGCCCUCAGUCGCUCCCAUUGUAGGGGUCAGUUAAUCCAGAAGCCAGGCAGUUCUGAUUGACCUGUCACGGGAUUCUCACUGGUCAUUUCAGUUAACCAGAGGUCGGAUACUUGUUCUAGAAUUGUUAUUGGUAAUCAGGCAGUUCCAUUAGAGCCUAACAGCAUCAGUCAAGGACAGCCCUGCACCUUCGAGGCAAAAGCAGCUGAUUCCACUUUACACCCGCGAGGCUGGACACCGUCCUGUUGAGUUGCACAGGGCAACCUGCAAAGAAGUGACACCUCGAGGAUGUAGUUCUGGGCUUCGUCUGUAGUUUCCGGGUGUUCUUUUAUUCUGAUAGUCCCGUGAGAAGGGCAAGGAAAACAAUCUGCCAUGGAGUUGUUACAGUGGAAAUACAGCCAGAGUGUGUCUUAGGGGAGGUUGAUUCAAGAAACACAAUUAGAUUGUUGGUAUGAAUUAAUAUCUGAUUUUUAUUGAAAAGAUAAUUUUCAGGAUUGAGUUUCAUAAAUUAGGAGCAAGCGAAGGAGCAAGUAAACAUUUUGAUUAAAUAUAAAAAGAACUCGUUGCAUGAAGUUGGAUAUCAAAUUCUAUGAUGUAUGGCUUUUCAAAAGAACCAUUCUCUGUCUUUUCCUGUGCGUGCAGCAUGUAAAUUUGAAGUUAUGUGAAUGUUUAAAGUUUUUCCUAAUCUCUUUUCACCUCCACAGUGUUUAGGGCUUUCAGAUGCCUUAUUCCAGUGUGAACAGAAAAGGUCCUUAUUAUGUGGUUAAUGCUUUGAUGUGUCAUGUAAAGAAUAGUUUGUAGAAAAUGUUGGCACCAUUUUAACUUCUUAGUGGCUUGUGACAACAUACAUUAUAUAUAUAUAUGUACAUAAAUCUCUGUAAUAUUCUGUGGUUAGUAGUAUAAAUCUGGGCAAGUUUUAAUAUUUCAAUUGCCUUUGGGUAGUCUUGCAAUAAAGGCAACAUGUUCUGCAGUUGGAUUUUUUACUUGUUUGCCUAUUUUGACACUAAAAUAUGGUCCAUAACUGAGCACAAAUUCUACUCGUUAAUGUUAUGGAAGCAGGGAAGAAAAAUAAGUUUGUGAAUUGCAGUUCUGUUUAUCUUAUGGACAGUAACACCAGCAAAUAUUUUAUCUUAUGGACAGUAACACCAGCAAAUAUUUUAUCUCAUGGAUAGUAACACCAGCAAAUAUUUUAUCUUAUGGACAGUAACACCAGCAAGUAUCUGGUGCUGCAUCUGGCUUAUUACUGUUAAUUAAAUUCCAGUUUUACAAAGUACCGUAUUUUGUAAUUUAAGAGUGUGGAAAGUGUCUGCUGGGUUUGGUUUUGGUCUUGACACUAAAAGCUCCAGUCAAGGAAGAACUUAGUGUUUCUCCUGCUAACUCAUUUAAUAUGAAUACAAGUGUUAAGAGAACCACAAUUCACUGACUCACUCUCAUCCCUGACUGUGAAUUUUUGUAAUAAAUACACUUGUACUAUGGAAGAAAACUAUUUUGACACUUCACAUAUGCAAGAAGAGAAUCGAUAGUGUCAGUUUAAAAAAUGAUUUUUGUAUUAACAAUUUCUGGCUUAAAUAUCCAAUGGUGCAGAUUUUGAAAUUUGUAAGAACAAAUUUGAUUUAAAAAGCAAGAACUUGCUCUAGUUUUGUGACCUCGUGUACUUUUUAAAUAAAAUUAAGAAAGUAG